AUGAAGCGAAAAAUCCCUAUUCAGAAAAUCGAGAACAAGAAACACCGAGUGGUCUCCUUCUCCAAGAGACGAAGCGGUCUCUUCAAGAAAGCCCAUCAGCUCUCUGCUCUCACCGGCGCUCAAAUCGCCAUUCUCGUCUUCUCCGAGACCGGUCGUCCCUACGUUCACGCCUCUCCCACCCCCUCUUCCUUCCAUUCUCUCCUAACUCCUUUCCUCUCCUCCUCCCACGCCACCUCUUCCACCGUCGCCGCGCCGGAGACCACGUCGCAGAGUUCGAGCGAUAACGGGGAUGGGGGCGAAGGAGAAGACGCGUUUGCCCUACACGAUUCGUUGAGGCAUUUACUGGACUUUGAAGUUGAGGAUUGCGACGACUUGGAGGAGCUCGCGGCGCUGAAGGAGAAAUUGGAAGAAACGAGAAAGAGGACCGCCAUGGCCUUGGACCUGAGCGUCGCUCAUUUUCUUCUUUCUGACUUUGAUGAUGAGAAAGAACUUAUUCAGUAUUGA